AUGGUUGACCUCUUUGAGAUAUUUGCUCCCAGUGGCAAAGUGGUCUACAAAUAUGAACAACAGAAGAAUUUCAGACCGUCUAUUAUAAAUUCAUUUGUUUCUGAUAUCCUGAUAUCUGAAAGGAAGGACCUAUCAGCCGAUGACGAUGAGCACUACGAUAGUGCAGACUUCGUGGGGACGUACACUUCGGAUGGAUACACCGUGAAAUACACUAAAAAUGACGAGCCCAGUUUGUACUUCGUGGUGGUUUAUUCUUCGUUGACUACUUACAGGAGAGUUGAAGAGUUUCUGAGAACCAUCAAGCUGUUGUACCUCAACUCCGAUGAGGAGAAGUUCGAUGCUUUUUUCAAGCUCAAGCUGGGUGAUCUGGAAGUCAGCAGUGAUGUUUUGGCAGAUGAUGCAACCAAUGAAAAACCUGUUUUGACUCCUGUUUCCAAGAUAGACUUAGCGAAGAACGCUAAGAAAGCCUCCAAGAAGGGAAGGAAAUGGGGAGCCGAUGGAAGUGUCAUUGAGAACGAUGUGUCCGAUGUCGAUUUGGACUUUUCGACACUAGAUAUAGAUGAUGAGGCUAAGACUGACUCAAAAUUGGCUCAGCUUGUGGGAGAUAAGUCCAAAUUCGGUGCCAAAUCCAAGACAGGUGAGUUCCUGGUUAGUGACCUCAGUUCUGAGAUAGACAGCAUUUUAGCGAACAGCAAAGCAAAUAGGGGUGAGGAAACUUCCAGUGUGAAGACGCAGCCUUUUGGCUUCCUCAGAAAGUAUUUGGGUGGAAAGAAAAUCACAAGAGAGGACAUAACCAAGACGAAAUCGUUAUUGAUAGACCAUCUGGUGAAGAAGAAUGUUGCGCCUACAGUUGCAAGCAGUUUGGCUCAGGAAGUUGAAAAAGAUCUUUCUGGUGCUACAACUCAAAGUUUCACAUCCGUUGAGGAAACCUCUAGAAAAUCCCUGGAAAAAGCGUUGGUGAAACUGCUGACGCCGAACAGUUCGAUUGAUCUCCUGAAGGAGAUACAGAAGAAGAAGAAUAAUAAUGAGCUACCAUACGUGAUAUCUGUUGUUGGAGUCAACGGUGUUGGCAAAUCCACUAACCUCUCAAAGCUAGCGUUCUGGCUAUUGCAGAACAACUACAGAGUCCUUAUUACUGCCUGUGACACCUUCAGAUCAGGUGCUGUUGAGCAAUUGAAUGUUCACGUGAAUAAUCUGAAAAAGCUCACUGAUUCUGAGGACGGAAUCUCGCAUGUUGAGCUGUUCCAGGGAGGAUAUGGUGGUGCUGAUUUGGUAGCCAAGAUCGCUACGUCUGCAAUUCAGCAUGCCAAGAAGAACGGGUUUGAUAUUGUUCUCAUGGACACCGCCGGAAGAAGACACAACGACGCUCAUUUGAUGGCUCCUUUGCAAAGCUUUGCUAAGGCUGCUAAGCCAGACAAGAUCAUAAUGGUGGGUGAGGCAUUGGUCGGGACAGAUUCUGUUCUUCAGGCUCAGAACUUUAAUAAGGCCUUUGGUGCCGGAAGAACGUUGGACUUCUUCAUCAUUUCCAAGUGUGAUACCGUCGGAGAUCUGAUUGGAUCCAUGGUUAACAUGGUUUACGCUACAGGAAUUCCUAUCCUUUUCGUUGGAACCGGUCAAACCUACACCGAUCUGAGGACCCUGAGUGUUGACUGGGCUGUUAGAACCUUAAUGUCUUGA